CUCUUCAGUAACGGCAGCUCAGCCAUGGACGAAAAAAUUAAUCUGGAAUUGGAAGAUUUCUCUUCGGAGCCGUUCUUGGACUCGUUCGUGAACGAAAUAUUACAACAAGACCCUCAUUUUCUUAUUGGGAUUUUCGUCGCUAUUGGAGUUGUUGUAAUAACAAUAGUGCUUUUGAAAUUCUUCUUGGGAGCCAAGACCAAAACAAACGCAGUUUUAUUAGUAGGGUUAUGUGAUGCUGGGAAAACUCUGCUCUUCAGUCGGCUGCUGACAGGAAGAUUCAUCAUGACUGUGACAUCUAUCACUGCCAACACAGCAUCAUACAGAGCAAAAAAUGAGAAGGGUAACAGAUGGACUCUGGUGGACAUUCCCGGCCAUGACAGUCUGAGAACUCAAAUUGUGGAGAAGCUGAAAGCAUCCGCCAGAGCGAUCGUGUUCGUGGUGGAUAGUGCAGUUUUCCAGAAGGAGGUAAAAGACGUGGCUGAAUUCAUCUAUUCCCUUCUGACGGACAGUGUGGUGAUGAAGAAUUCCCCGACUUUGGUAAUAGCAUGUAACAAACAAGAUAUCACCAUGUCAAAAUCUGCUAAAGUCAUUCAGCAGCAGCUGGAGAAAGAGCUAACGACUCUCAGAGUGACCCACUCGGCAGCGCUCAGCUCUCAGGACGGCUCGGUCAAGUCCACGCUCUACCUUGGAAAAAAGGGCAAAGAUUUCGAAUUUUCCCAUGUACCAGUGCGGGUGGAGUUUGUAGAGUGCAGCGCCCGCGGCAGCAAGGAGGAGGAAGAUAUUGACAUCGAGGCUUUGGAAAAGUGUCUGGCUAAGCUGUGAUACUGUAACUAUAAUGCUGGUUAUGCUAAGAUUUCAUUCACCUUUGGGUCCUUUUUUUAUUUUUAAGCCUGUUAAGUCAUGACGUGGCUUUUAGUCAGUAUUGAUUUCUAUUAAUGAUAUAAAUUUGACAGAGAAACUUGAAAGUAAAAUGUAUAUUUAUGUUUUCAAGAAAUAAAAGAAAUAUUCCAGCAUCUUUUGCAACCUAAUUUCUACCUACAUGACUGUAUUACACAUUAGCUGAAUGACUGGACGAGAGAAUGAUGCUGACAGCAAUCACAGCAACUGCAAAUUUAAAACAGUUCCAAGCAUAUCCAGUUAUAUAUUAAUAACAAAUUUAAAUUAAAAGGAAAAACCAGUCAAACGAGCACAGAUGGUUUAAACAGAUGUGCUGCAUGGUUCGUGUUCUCAAGUCUUUUGCCCUGCGUUAGUCUAACUAAUCACCUGAUCGACAUAAUAGAAGCGAUCUCAGGGUGACGAUACCAAACUAGUGUAGAUCACAUGCUUACAUGCUCCAUCACUCCAGUAUACUUUGUUGCUCUGUGCCAACUUGUUAUAGAGUGGUUGUUUUCCCAACUUGUUUUCCCUUUUUGCAUUUCUCAAUUUGGAUAUACUCAAUUGCCCUGCACAAUUUGGCAACCUCUUCCAUUGCACAACACUUGCAUUUGAACUUUCCGCUCCCUUAGUUUUGGGAGGUGGAAGAGAACUGGGGCACCUUGUGAAACACUUGCUGGUACUGGGAACAGAUGACCUCCUCAGAUCUCCUCACAGACAGUGACUGAACCCAGGUUCUCAGGGCUCGUUUUUGUAUGUGGCACCCACACUAGUACUAUACAAACUGGUAUGCUGGAAUAUUCUUUUAGUUUAAGCUUAGUUAAGGAUUUGGUCUUAAAACAGCAUUUUAUUUAGACUCUCGGUCACUUUUUCCCUGUCAGAUUUGACUCUGUUAUUUCCCAACAAUAAAAUGUUAUUUAUUUUCAUCUAUGUGUUAGUUAAGGUGUCAACAGUGACAUUUCUGUUGUUUCAAACAUCCACCUUUGUUUUCUUCAUGCCCGCUUUGUGCCUUCGAUCCGGGCAGCUGAGGGUGGAAUUAUGGUUAAGCAUCCGAGCUGUUAGAAAGUGUAAAUAAAUUACCAUGUUUCGUCUCUUG